AUAACGGCUAAACGGCGGUGUGUGGACUCUACUCCGUACUCGGUAGUUGACACUUGUGACUGUGUGUAUGAUUGAUAAAUAAGUAACUUACUGGAGUCUGGAGUACUGGAAGCUGGGUGACUGAUAUCUUUAAUUCUGUGCAUCAAUGACACCAAUAAUAUCUAGCUUGACAAUAUGGAAGAAUCGUCCGAGGACAAGCUUUUCGUCGCCGAAAAAUCUAAGAGCAACAGGGCAAAAUGUAAAAAGUGUAAAGAAGUCUUAAAUCAAGGAACGUUGAGGAUCGCCAAAGUUGUGGCAAAUCCAUUUGGUGAUGGAAAAAUGAUGGCUUGGCAUCAUCCGCAGUGUUUAGCGACUGUAUUUUCUAAGCAGAGAGCAUCGACGGCGAAAAUUACCUGUGUAGACGAUAUCGGUGGCUGGGACGGACUGUCUAUGGAACACCAAAACGAAAUAUUUAUAACUUUCCCCUACAUUCCCAAGGAGAAACUUAAGACACACGAUGACGAGGAGACUGGCAAAAAAGACAAACCCAAUAAAAAGAAACCAAAAGAAAAAUCUGUGCCGCCGUUACCACAAACGCAAGAUUACUAUUUUAAGGACUUUCGAAAACUGUGUUUGAGUCUCUCACAAGAAAACGGCCAUCUUCAAAAAACUGCAAUUUUUAAAGAAUUUAUCAAUAAAAUUUUAUCCAAAGAACAGUCAAAAGAAACCCGUGCAGAAAGUAUGUUUUUAUGGUGCAAAAUGUUGUUGCCCAAUUCGGAAAAAAGAAUUUACAAUCUACAAUCAAAACAACUUAUUAAAUUAUAUAGUCAAUUGUUUAAGCAAAAUGUUAACUUAAUGCUGGAAGAUUUGGAAAAAGGGGAUGUUGCUGAAACGAUUAGAAUAUUUUUUGAAAAAAGUAACAAUGUCGAUCUGAAACCAGCAUCAAAAUCAACUUUAACAUUAGCUAAAGUAGACAGUUUUCUCGAUAAAUUAUCAAUUGAAACUACAGAGGUUGCACAAACUGCGCUUUUCAAAUCAAUCGCCACGUUAUGUACUGGAAAUGAUUUGAAAAUGAUAAUUCGGCUGGUGAUGCACGAUCUCAGAAUUAAUUGCGGACCAAAAUAUAUUUUAGGGGCACUUCAUUCUGAUGCAUAUGAAGCGUACCAAACAUCACAUGAUUUGAAGUCCGUUGUACAAAAAGCGUGUUCAUGUGAUUCAUCUAAGGUAGCUAGCAAUGGAAAAAUGAACAUCAAAUUAUCUUUGUUAACUCCGAUUUUACCAAUGUUGGCUGAACCAUGUAAAAAUUUGGAUGACUUUUUUAAAAAGUGUCCCAACGGUAUAUACUCAGAAAUUAAAUACGACGGUGAACGCGUUCAACUGCACAAAAGUGAAAAACAAUUUAAAUUUUUUUCAAGAAGUUUAAAACCUGUCUUAGGACAUAAAGUUGAUUUAUUCAAACAGUACAUUCCUAAAGCUUUUCAGCACGGAAAAGAGAUAAUUUUAGAUUGUGAAGUGCUAAUGUAUGACCACAAAACUAAUAAACCCUUACCAUUUGGUACCUUAGGAAUUCACAAGAAAAGUAAAUUUGAAGACGCUAAUCCUUGCCUGUUUGUUUUUGACUGCAUGUAUUAUAAUGGUGUAUCAUUAUUAGAUAGAACAAUUGUAGAACGAAGGAAAAUUCUAUUGGAGAAUAUGACUCCAAUCAAGGGACAUAUCAUGUUUUCAGAAGUUAAAGAAUUGCACAACACAAAAGAACUUAAGAUAAUGGUAGAACAUGUAUUGAAACAAGGCCUAGAAGGAUUAGUAUUAAAGGAUCUUACAGGAGUUUAUGAGCCUGGAAAGCGACAUUGGCAAAAAAUAAAAAAAGACUACUUAUUUGAUGGGUCAAUGGCCGAUAGUGCUGAUCUUGUUGUUCUUGGUGCUUGGUUUGGUACUGGGAAUAAAGGUGGUAUGAUGUCCAUAUUUCUAAUGGGUUGCUAUAAUGAAGCAAAAAAAAAAUGGUGUACAGUGACAAAAGUACAUGGUGGUCACGAUGAUAAGACACUAGAAAGAUUACAGGGUGAAUUAAAAAUGAUCAAAAUUAGUAAAGAUCCAGAAAAAGUUCCAGAAUGGUUGAAAUGCACUAAAACUAUGAUUCCUGAUUUUGUAGCAGAAGAUCCUAAAAAAAUGCCAGUUUGGGAAAUUUCAGGAGCAGAAUUCUCUCAAGCUGAAGUGCAUACUGCUAAUGGUAUAUCAAUUAGAUUCCCUAGAGUAACUAAAAUUAGGAAUGACAAAGAUUGGAAAACUGCUACAUCAUUAAGUGAAUUACAAAAUUUAUAUGAAGCAUCCAAAGAAACUAAUAAUUUAAAUAUUUUUUCAAACCUAAGCCCAGAAAAGAACACUAGUUCUGACAAUGACUCACAGUCGUCACCAGAUAAAAGAAAAAAACUUAAGAGAACUGUGGAAACAGCUGUUACAGAAUCUUCUCAGUUAAAAAUGAAUACUGAAAUGCCUGCUAAAAGAGCUAAACUUUCUGAUGAACGACAGCGGCGUUUGCCUGAUUUAUUCACUGGAAUCCGAGUUGUUGUGCCAGAUUCGAUUUCUAAAAAUACGUUUUUACGAUAUUUUAUUGCCUAUGGAGGUACACCUUUAAAUUCACCAGAUGAAUUAUCACCUACACAUGUUAUUGUACCAAAAAAAGAGCAAAAUCGAUCAACUGGAAAACCAACGAUGGACGAGGAGGAGAAGAAGAAGAGUUCGAGCGCCACUGCCGUGUGUGCACAAUGGUUUUGGGACAGCAUACGAAACGGAACACAAUUGCCUACAGAACACUACCAACAAUAAACAUUGUUUAUUGCAAGCUUUAUUUUGCUUCGUAUUUUUUGUCUGUUUAUUGCUAUUACCGUUUCUCCGACCGGUCGGAUUUUCGGCCAGUAUAAUAUACUUAUUGGGUAUAUACA